GUUGCUGGUGCCGCAGCUGCUGUUGGAGCAGCUGUCGGCGUUGUAGCUGCGCCGCCACUACAGUUUUGGAUCCGCGAUAAAGCAAAAGCACGUAUAAAGUGUGUCAAACCGUCUUGUCCUAUACGAAUACAUGAAAACGAUAUCAAUGCAGUUCUAGACGAGCAAGAAGAUGCGCUGAAUCUUUUCAUGCCCCUCGAUCAUCGUCAAUAUUUGCAAUACUAUCACAACAAAGAUGUUAUAUACUAUGCAUUUGGUGGUAACGAAUACGUGAAGCAAUGCCCUUUGUGCAAGGUCUUCGAACGACUAUCUAUGUAUAUCGAGAAAGAAGGAUGCAGCUAUGUCACAUGUGCCAACCUGAGGUGUCGCACCCGAUUUUGUUGGCAGUGUGGUGAGCCUAUAGAAAGCAUUAUGCACUUCACAGGUCAAACGUGUCGUGUUGGGUACGACGAUAUCGAGCGCGGGCUGUUUUGGGUGAAACUUGCCGUUGAUGUACGGGCCUUCGCAUUGAUUCUUUAUGUGCCUGUCUUCUUCCUCGCAUGUUGGAAUCCCUCUGUACGUCUUGCUCGCUUUCCCCAGUUUCCUUGCUCAGCGUGUGUACAACAACGCUACAGUGAAGACGGAUUACCUCACCACUGCCGAAAAAUAUUGGUAGCAUUCAAGAUGGUGUCAAUCUUCCUGGCUGGGAUACCUGUGGGACUGUUCCUGGCCCUAAACUCCAUUGUGACUGGUGGAACGAUCUUUGCGAUAUAUGUGGCAUUUACGGUGUUCAAGGCAAGUCCUUAUGCAAAGUUCUUGGAAGAGGGCUACGAUUUGCUCCUUCCUAUGGCUCACAGUGCCGGAUUGGGUCCUUUCAAACAAAUGCUUAAAGAUGGAAAAGAAGCGAAAAAGCGAAGAAAGCAACAGCUGAAGGAGCAAGCUGAAGCGGAAUCUAGUGAAAGAGCACAAAUAGUUGAAGGUAGGGCUCUAUAUACUGCUAAUCCUGUAGGCCUUAUCUCUAGAACCUUAAAUCGAGCGAGUGUGACAGUGUGUGUGUGUGCGGCAUAA